AUGGUCCUGUCCGACACGAGAAAAAUCCCAUGCUAUGCCCUCAUCUUUGUUAGUGCCGACCACGAGCUUUACGCCGUCUCUCCGCAUCGGCAAGAAUCCACUGCCCCGAUUUACGAGGAGGACAUAGCCGCCAUUCGGAUGUUGUCGCACACAAAACGAUUCGUAGUCCCGGUGCAACUUAGCCUCCGCGAUAAAUUCACCCUUGUUGUUACGCCCGAGAAAGGUGCCGGAAACCACGUUUUGAAACCCCAACAAUCUCUCGUCGGAUUCGACGCAUGA